UGUUGGCGCACAGCCCUUGUUGGAGCGGGUGCGCGCCUGCGUGCGCGGGCUCGCUACUCCUCCAGCUCUUCUUCCCGCUCCGCUCCGCUCAGUUAUCGUUGUCUCCGCCCGAGCCCCUCCCUCGGACUCUCCGCCCUCGAAGGCGUUUCAUAGCGGCCCGGCGUAGCUCAUGAUCCCGCAUCAGCUGCAGACACCCUCCGCCGUCCUCUCAGACGCGCAGUUAAAUAUUUAAGUCAAAGUGAUACAGAACACCAUGGGGGAUGACAGUGAAUGGAUGAAGUUGCCCACUGAUCAGAAAUGUGAGCACAAGGUAUGGAAAGCCAGAUUAAAUGGGUAUGAGGAGGCCCUGAAGCUAUUCCAGAGAAUAGAGGAUGAGAAAAGCCCUGAAUGGGGCAAAUAUUUGGGACUGAUAAAAAAGUUUGUAACGGACUCCAAUGCUGUGGCUCAGCUCAAGGGCCUAGAGGCUGCGCUUGCUUACGUUGAGAAUGCUCAUGUGGCUGGCAAGACAACUGGUGAAGUGGUCUCUGGAGUGGUCAGUAAAGUGUUCAAUCAGCCCAAAGCUCGAGCCAAGGAGCUGGGUACAGACAUCUGCUUGAUCUAUAUAGAGAUAGAGAAGGCAGAUGUGGUCCAAGAGGAGCUGGUCAAGGGGCUGGAUAAUAAAAAUCCCAAGAUUGUUGUGGCAUGUGUUGAAACUAUAAGGAAAGCACUUUGUGAAUUUGGCUCCAAGAUUAUUACCCUCAAGCCAAUUGUGAAAGUGUUGCCAAAACUGUUUGAAUCUCGAGAAAAAGCUGUCAGAGAUGAAGCCAAAUUGCUUGCAGUAGAGAUCUAUAAGUGGAUCCGUGAUGCUCUUCGGCCACCCCUACAGAACAUCAAUUCUGUCCAGUUGAAAGAGUUGGAAGAGGAGUGGGUGAAACUACCAGCAUCGGCCCCUAAGCAGAGCCGUUUCCUGCGCUCACAGCAAGACCUGAAAGCUAAGUUUGAGCAGCAGCAGGCAGCUGGUGGAGAUGAGGUUGAUGGUGAUGAUGAAGAAUGUGCUCAGCAGGUUGACCCGUAUGAGCUUUUGGAGGCUGUAGAGAUUCUUUCAAAGGUGCCCAAAGACUUCUAUGAAAAAAUUGAGGCCAAAAAAUGGCAGGAGAGGAAAGAAGCUUUGGAAGCAUUGGAAUCCUUGACAAAGAACCUUAAAUUAGAAAAUGGGGACUAUGGUGACCUGGUCAGAGCACUUAAAAAGGUUAUUGGCAAAGAUGCUAAUGUAAUGCUAGUGACACUAGCGGCCAAAUGCUUGGCUGGACUGGCUUCUGGUCUUAGGAAGAAGUUUGGGACAUAUGCAAGCCAUGUGGUGCCAACCAUUUUGGAGAAGUUUAAGGAGAAGAAACCACAAGUUGUCCAGGCCUUACAAGAGGCUAUUGAUGCAGUCUUCCUAACAACAUCUCUACAAAAUCUAAGUGAAGAUAUUUUGGCUGUGAUGGACAACAAGAAUCCCUCUAUUAAACAACAGGCUUCGCUCUUCUUGGCAAGAAGCUUUUGUCAUUGCACCCCUUCCACGUUACCCAAAAGUCUUCUUAAACCAUUCUGUGCAGCAUUUCUUAAGCAAGUGAACGACUCUGCCCCUGAAGUGAGAGAUGCUGCCUUCGAAGCUCUGGGUACAGCUAUGAAGGUGGUAGGAGAGAAAGCGGUCAACCCCUUCUUGACUGAUCUUGACAAGCUUAAGCUUGACAAGAUAAAAGAAUGUGCUGAUAAAGUAGAACUGGUAGGUGGAAAGAAAGUAGUGGCAGAAAAGGAGAAAUCAACAUCAAAAGCCCAGCCCCCUGUUGAGGUUCCUGCAAAGCCUGCCUCUGCUCCUCCUAAGAAAGCCCCUGCAGCCAAGCCUGCUGGACCACCCAAGAAGGCAAAACCUGUGGCAGCAGUCAGUGCUAAAGGAAAGAAAACCUCAGAAGUUAAAGAAAUAGUGGAGACGGAGCUCUCUCUUGAGGUGUGCGAGGAGAAGUCUGCUGCUGUGCUUCCUGCUUCCUGUAUGCAGAUGUUGGACAGUGCUAACUGGAAAGAGAGACUGGCCAGCAUGGAGGAGUUCCAAAGGGCUGUUGAACAAAUGGACAAAAGCGAGAUGCCUUGCCAGGCUCUUGUCAGGAUGCUUGCGAAGAAACCAGGCUGGAAAGAGACUAACUUUCAGGUGAUGCAGAUGAAGCUUCACAUUGUGGGGCUAAUUGCACAGAAGGGUAAUUUCUCCAAGACCUCUGCACUUGUGGUGCUGGAUGGGCUGGUAGAUAAGGUGGGAGAUAUCAAGUGUGGAGUGAAGGCCAAGGAGGCCCUGACUGCCAUUGGAGAGGCGUGCUCCCUUCCCUGGACUGCGGAACAGGUUGUGUCCUUAGCUUUUGCACAGAAGAAUCCUAAAAACCAGGCUGAAGCAUUGAACUGGCUGGCAAAUGCCAUGAAAGAAUUUGGAUUUUCAGGGAUAAAUGUGAAAGGAUUUAUUAAUAAUGUCAAAACUGCUUUGGGUGCCACCAAUCCUGCUGUGAGGACAGCUGCCAUUGCACUUUUGGGAGUUAUGUAUCUCUACAUGGGUCCCCCCCUGCGCAUGUUCUUUGAGGAUGAAAAGCCAGCUCUCCUAGCUCAGAUUGAUUCUGAAUUUGAGAAAAUGCAGGGUCAGUCUCCACCAGCCUCUAUCAGAGGUUUCUCAAAGAAAGGAGCAGAGGAUGAGGGAGAGGAGAUUGAAGAGCAAGAAGACGAGGGCGGUAGUGGUGACUUCAUGGACCUUCUCCCUCGAACUGAUAUCAGUGAGAAGGUGACAUCUGAAAUGGUGUCAAAAAUAGGAGAUAAAAACUGGAAAAUUCGAAAAGAGGGACUUGAAGAGGUCACAGCAAUCAUUUCCGAGGCCAAGUUCAUACAACCAAAUGUGGGCGAGCUUCCUAUGGCGCUGAAGGGUCGCCUCAACGAUUCUAAUAAGAUUCUGGUUCAGCAGACGCUGUCGAUACUGCAGCAGAUUGCCACAGCGAUGGGCCCAGCUUUGAAGCAGCAUGUGAAGAACUUGGGGAUACCCAUUAUUACAGUGCUUGGAGAUAGCAAGGCCAAUGUGCGCGCUGCUGCCUUGACAACGCUGAAUGCUUGGGUGGAGCAGACAGGCAUGAAGGAGUGGUUGGAGGGAGAAGACCUGUCUGAGGAGCUGAAGAAGGAGAAUCCCUUCCUCAGGCAGGAGGUGCUGGCUUGGCUGGCAGAGAAGCUCCCAACACUGCGUGUGGUUUCUCCAGACCUCAUGUUCUGUGUGCCCUAUCUGUAUGCCUGUCUGGAAGACCGCAAUGGAGAUGUUCGCAAGAAGGCCCAGGAUGCACUUCCAACCUUCAUGAUGCACUUAAGCUAUGAGAAGAUGCUCAAAGCCACUGGCAAACUUAAGCCAGCUUCUAAGGACCAGGUGGUAGCCAUGUUGGAGAAGGCUCGAGCUGUCAUGCCGGCCAAACCAGCUGGUCCUGCCAAAGCUGGCCCUGCCAAAGCUGCACCCAGCGCCCCACCUCCAAAGGCUUCUCCAGCUCCAGGUAAAUCCCAGUCAGUCAGUGAAGAUUCUGGAGUUUUUGAGUCUAAAUCGGACACAAAGAAAGUAAAGCCUGGUGGACCACCUGCCAAAGGAAAGAACACCUCCCAAGAGUUGAACGGAAGCGUGGAUAAAGAUGAUAGUUUCAGUAAACCUACCAGAUUAUCAAAAGGGAAGUCAAGUAAACAGAAUGUUCUUGGGAAGAAGGCUCCAGUUAAGACCAGUGCUAAAGAUGAAGAGGACAAAUCUGGUCCCAUCUUCAUCAUGAUCCCCAGUGGGAAGGAACAAAGGAUAAAGGAAGAGAAGGCACUUAAGGUUCUAAAGUGGAACUUCUUGACACCUCGUGAUGAGUAUGUAGAGCAGCUGAAGAAUCAAAUGUCUACUUGUUUGGCUAAGUGGUUACAAGAUGAGCUGUUCCACUUUGACUUCCAGCACCAUGUGAAAGCCAUCAGUGCCAUGAUUGAGCACAUGGAGGAUGAGAAGGAAGCCACUAUUAGCUGCCUGGACCUCAUCCUGAAGUGGUUUACGCUGCGUUUCUUUGACACCAACACCAGUGUGCUGAUGAAGGCUCUGGAGUACCUGAAGCUGCUUUUCUCAAUGCUCAGUCGUGAAAACUACCACUUAAAUGAGUUUGAAGCUUCAUCUUUUAUCCCUUACCUUAUCUUGAAAGUUGGGGAACCAAAAGAUGUGGUCCGUAAAGAUGUGCGUGCCAUUCUUACCAUGUUGUGCAAGGUUUACCCUGCGAGCAAGGUUUUUACCUUUCUCAUGGAGGGUACCAAGUCCAAGAAUUCAAAACAGCGUGCAGAAUGUUUAGAAGAACUUGGCUGUUUGAUCGAGUCAUAUGGAAUGAAUGUUUGCCAACCCACCCCUGCAAAAUCCCUCAAGGAAAUAGCAAUUCAUAUCGGGGACCGAGAUACAUCUGUGCGCAACGCGGCCCUCAACACUGUGGUAGUUGUGUACAAUGUAUGUGGGGACCAGGUCUUCAAACUCAUUGGCAAUCUUUCAGAGAAGGAUAUGAGUAUGCUGGAGGAAAGGAUCAAGCGUUCUGCCAAGAAGACACCUGCUGCACCUGCCCGGCAGGUGGAGGAGAGGGCUCAAAGAGCACAACCAGGAAACUCCAACGCCAGCCUCAUGCGGAAGCCGCCACCACCAGAUGAAGUCCCUAACAAGCUCAAAAUUAUGUAUCGCACUUACAGGAUUCAGGCACGGGCCCAGAAUGCUCAUGUGGAGCAGUCUCCUCCCUCCAUUACUAAGGAGUUUCAGCUGGAUCUUGACAUGAUUGAGAAUGAUCACACCAGAGUGAGCGAGCUACCUGACCUAGUACAGCAUAAACUAGAUGAGCUCCUGGAGCCUGUAAUGAUCCCAGAGCCAAAGAUGCGUGCAGUGUCCCCUCAGUUUGAUGACCUUCAUAACAGCACUGCUUCCACCAUCAACUUUGUCAUCUCACAAGUGGCUAGUGGAGACAUCAAUGCUAGCAUCCAGGCCCUAGCACAGAUUGAUGAAGUGCUGCGCCAGGAGGACAAGGCAGAGGCCAUGUCAGGCCACAUUGACCAGUUCCUCAUUGCCACCUUCAUGCAGCUUCGGCUCAUUUACAACACACACAUGGCAGAUGACCGGCUGGAUAAGAAAGAAAUCUUCAAGUUGUACAGCUGCAUCAUUGGAAACAUGCUUUCUCUGUUCUCAAUGGAGAGCCUGGCACGGGAGGCCUCCAUGGGUGUGCUGAAGGACCUGAUGCACGGUCUAAUCACGUUGAUGCUGGACGCCCGUGUAGAGGACAUUGAGGAUGGCCAGCAGCUCAUUCGUUCUGUGAAUCUGCUGGUCGUUCGUGUGCUGGAGAAGUCUGAUCAGACUAAUAUCUUGAGUGCUCUCCUUGUGCUGCUUCAGGACAGCCUUAUUUCCACAGCAGGCUCUCCAAAAUUUUCUGAACUUGUAAUGAAGUGUCUGUGGAGAAUGAUCCGGUUCCUGCCAGAGACCAUAGGCACCAUCAACUUGGAUCGCAUUCUCUUGGAUGUUCACAACUUCAUGAAGGUGUUCCCCAAGGAGAAACUGAAACAGCUGAAGAGUGAUGUACCUCAUAGGACCCUAAAGACACUGUUGCACACUCUCUGCAGGCUGACUGGUGCCAAGAUCCUGGAUCACAUGUCAAUGAUUGAAAACAAGAACGAGUCUGAGUUGGAAUCGCACCUGAGGCGGGUGGUGAAGCAUUCCAGCAACCUGUCAGGCACAAAGUCUGACAGGGGAACUGAGAAGGGAGCUAUACGGACGGAUGAGAAGAUGUCCAAAGCAAAAGUAAGUGAUAUCCUGUCUGAAAUCUUCAAAAAGAUUGGGUCCAAGGAGAACACAAAGGAGGGACUCACUGAGCUAUAUGAAUAUAAACAGAAGUACUCAGAUGCAGACCUGGAGCCUUUCCUACGGAACACAUCACAGUUUUUCCAGAGCUAUGUGGAGAGAGGCCUGCGUAUGAUUGAGUCUGAGCGUGAAGGCAAAGGCAGGACCCAGCCGUCCAAUCCUGUUAUUCCCCAGCAUACUACAGAUUAUGUUUCAGGCUCCAGCUCUGUACCACUAAACGCCAAUGGAGAAGAGCUGAAGCCUGCUGUGUACUACGAGAGACUGAAAAUACUAAGACAACGCCAUGGACUGGAAAACAACACAAAGCAGCAUGAGGAUGACGACAGGCCUCCGCUGACCUCCCUGCUGUCCAAGCCUUCGGUGGCUUCCUCUACAGACAUGCUUCACAGCAAGCUGACCCAGCUGAAAGAGUCCCGUGAGCAUUACCAUCAGGAGCAGUCACACUCACACAGCCCCUCGCGUUCUUCCUCCCCUGCCACCAAUCUUGAUGACCUGAAGAAGAGGCUGGAGAGAAUAAAGAGCAACCGCCAAUAGAGCUGUACCAUAAAGCUGUUACGUUGCCCAACCCUACCCUGUAUGUAUAAAAAAAAAUCAUUGUAUAAUAUGUGGACUAUUUGUUAAGUAUUGUGGCACAAUUAUUUGUAUAUAUUCUAGGCUUCCUAACCACUAAAACAUUGAAGUGUUAUUCUAGGAUUUUAGUGUACAGUUUCUCUGUGCAGAUUGCGGUAUUGUAAUAACUUAACCUGUCCUUUUUUAGGUUUUAGAAUCCAUAGUAAUGUCUUUCUUUGAGCCUUUAACACUCAUACUGUUUGUUCAUCUUCCUUUUAUGAAGUUCUUGUUAAACUUGAAAAUGUUGAUUCUGUUCGAGAAUCAGGACGCAUGGCAUGAAGUAAAUGUUUUGUAAAUAAAGUUUGCAUUACUAAAAGCUGCUUAUUAAAACAUUCGGUUUA